AUGCUCAGCACCGAUGAACUGAGGAGGCUUUGUCCUGAACUUUGGAAUUUUGCAUUUAAAAGACACGCUCCAAAAGAGCACAUUGCUUCCAUUUCUAAAGUCGGCGAGAUAGCCGGAAAGGAGUAUGCUAUUGAGAAUGCACUCAACAAAAUGGCAACAGAGUGGGAGCCGGUGAAGUUUGAUGUUCUGGCCUACAAACAAACGGGAACUUGCAUCAUAAAGGUGGCCGAUGAGGUCAAUCAGCUGCUAGAUGAUCACAUUGUGAUGACACAGGCCAUGGGAUUUUCACCCUAUAAAAAGCCAUUUGAGGAUCGUAUCACUCAGUGGGAGCAAAAAUUGCGCAUCACACAGGACGUAAUCGACGAAUGGUUGCACUGUCAAUGUCAAUGGCUUUAUCUGGAGCCGAUAUUCAGUUCAGAAGACAUCAAUCGGCAACUGCCGCUUGAGGGGAAGCGAUAUGCCACAAUGGACCGCAUCUGGCGCAAGGUAAUGAAGUCUUGCAAAGAGAACCCACAAGUGAUCACGCUGUGUCCCGAAAGCCGGCUUUUAAACAACCUGCGUGAGUGUAACAAACUGCUAGAACAGGUUCAGAAGAGUCUGAGUGAAUAUCUGGAAACCAAGCGCCAGGCUUUCCCGAGAUUCUUCUUUCUUUCGGAUGAUGAGCUGCUAGAAAUACUUUCGCAAACGAAGGACCCUACAGCUGUGCAGCCUCAUUUGAGAAAGUGCUUCGAGAAUAUAUGCAAGGUUAGAGGUUUAGUCUUGAUUUAUGCUUUUCUGAUGCUAUCUUUACUUGUUUAA